CGACGAUCUGCGCGAAUCGCCCAGCUUCUCAACGGCCAAUCUGACCAUCAAGCAGCCGGCGCCACAUCCUCCAUGGCUGACGUUGCAAGACCCAGGACGCUAGAAAGCAGGUCCAUUCGCUCAAGACACCACCCAGGAAGCCCCCGUACCUCAGGUCAGUCCAGAUCAGGUCGACCUUCCCUGUCGCCCGACGAGAUCCGAUACGCCAUGGACAUUGUGGUACAGCCACCGCGCACUGCCCAGGUCGGACAAACCAUUUCUGGCUCCAUCAUUGUGCGAUUACGAACCACCAAUGCCGACACCGAUGACGCGGUUGCAGACUCGACCAAUCUGGUUGCAGUUGCUGCUCUGGUCCCUGGCACAAACUCGUCCGAUGCGCAGGAUCCAAAUACUCUCAACUCGAUGCUCGGAGGCCGAGUCUUUGACUCCAUUCAUCCCUUUAGCGACGAUGAAGCAGACGGUUCUAUUGCCUCCAUGGAUAUGAGCGAUCCAAACGGCGUGGGCUACAUGCGCUUCCCCGAGCUCGUCAUCCGUCAAGUAGGAACCUAUCGCAUUCGCAUUACUCUCAUCCGCAUUCGCAACUCUGCUUCGGAUCCGCCAGUCACAUCUGCGGGUAAUGGUUUGGCCGUACAUGUCGUCGACAGCAACCCUAUCAUUGUCAAUGGCGGAGGACAAGUCACAAGCAUGGCUGCACGCAACGGGGACGACCAUAUUGAUGAUGGCGGAUGGCUUGAAGUCCUGCGUUCUAUCCAUGAUCGGCGCCGCUCACGGUAAUGGCACUUUUUUCGGUCUUUUGUUGGUGUGGUAUUCUUCCUCAUGGCAUGUUUCAUUCAAAUCCGCAUUUUAUCUCAAAGGCAUCAAACGCUUUUUUUUCAAUUUGGUUGCAUUUGCAAACGCCACAUCCUCGUACUACAGGGUCUGUUUGUACAGAGGUUGGGACUUGGUCGUACAUCAGCUGCAUGGAUUCGCAUAUUCAGACCGAGACUUGUACUCUUAUAGCUUGGCAUACCAUUCUCCAAUUUUCUGUUACUAGGUAGUCGGUGGGUAAGGUAGAC